AUGCUCUUCAACUUUGUGGUCGCAAACCCGCUCCCCAAGAUCAUCGCGCGCGCUCCUCCCGAGACUCCAGGUCCUUCUCGUCGCGGCAUCGCCUACAACGACGCCAACUACGUCAAAUACUUCAACGCCCCAGGGUCACGUGUCACUUGGACCUACAAUUGGGACUCGCGUUCCAACAGCGGCGGCAAGACCGGGUUCGAGUUCGUCCCCAUGUUGCACUCCAACCGCCCAGAUCACACCGGCAAGUGGGGUCCUGAUGUUUGGAAGGCCGCGUUUGGAAACAAAAACAUGCCCACUCAUCUGCUUAGCUUCAACGAGCCCGAUAACUGCGAAUUCGGCAUGGGUGGCGCUUGCAUGGACCUGGGCACUGCUGUAGCUGCCUGGAAGCAGUGGAUGGAGCCCCAGAAGGCGCUCAAGGAGAAGAUGUACCUCGGUUCUCCUGCAGUCACCAACGGAGCGAACGGGCUGAAGUACCUCUCGUCAUUCAUCAACGCUUGCACUGGCUGCAACAUUGACUUCAUCAACAUCCACUGGUACGAUGACGCAAGUAACACCGCGUACUUCAAGAAGUACAUCGGGGAUGCGCGCAAGGUUGCAGCCGGCCGCCCGAUCUGGAUCACCGAGUUCAGGGCUCGCGGGUCUGACGCGCAGGUCAAGAAGUUCAUGGACGAGAUUCUCCCUUGGCUAGACGCUUCGAGUGACAUCCACCGCUACGCCUACUUCAUGGCCAACAAGGGUAACGGUCUUCUCAUAGACAAUGGGGGCCAGGAUCUGAGCAACAUCGGCUCUCACUACACUUUCCACGCCUGA